UAGACAACACACACAAAGGAAGAAGCGCCAUGGAAGAGAGCAAAGCACCAGGAGGGGCGGAAGGGGGGGUUGGGGGACAAGAGUUGAACGAACAGCAGAUAAUCGGGACAUAUCGUGGGAUGCUUGGCGACGUAAAUCAGAUGCGGCGCAAGAUCUCCGAACUGGAGCAGGAGGUCUCCGAACACCAGAUGGUGGUGGACACCCUGGAACCCUUGGAGGGGACGCGGAGAGCCUACCGCCUGGUGGGAGGGGUGCUGGUGGAGCGCACGGUGGGGGAGGUGCUGCCCACGGUGAAGGCAAACCAGGAGGGCAUCAAGCAACUCCUGCAGCAGCUGGCCACGACCCGGGCCAACAAGGAGAAGGAAGCGGCAGAGUGGAAGAUCAAGUACAAAAUACGGUCUCAACAGGAAGCUCAGGCGAUGUCACAGGCACAGGGGAUCCCGACACCACAAGCAUUGCAAGCAUGACUCUUGAUAGCUAAACCUACCCCUGGGGGUAGAACUUCAUUUAGGGAGGGAGGAGCAUCGUUUUCCGUUGUUGAGUGUUGGCGUUCGCGUUAGGGAUGGCUUACGUAAUGGACCUUUUUUUUUUUUUGCCACCCUAGAGAAGCGCGUGUCGGUGCGUGAGGAUUGAACUACUGCUG